UUUUCGCAAACACAGAAACUGCAUGCGAAUCGCAGUUACAGUAUCAUCACACACAUAAAUCUCGUGCUGAUUGUCAUUUCAGUUUUAUGUGACGUAUUAAUCGUCUCAACAAUCAGCACCAGUGAUAAUUCAUUGGACACUUGAAUGGUGCUGUGUUGAUGGCGCAAACAAUGUCUGAAAACACAAACAUUUACAUUCCCUGGACCACUCAAUGGUGAAUUCUAACGUCAAUCUAUCCAGUGGAGGUGCGCUGAGAUAAACAUAAAGGUUAUCGCGUAGAGUUCAGAUGGAGCGGGUUUUGAAAGCCGUCCCAGAGGAUCUGAGAGUCAAAAUGGAGGCACUAGUGCACGACUUGUCAUUAGCACUGGAGGAGAGCAGCAACUCGACGAAUGUCAAAAGACGAUGGGGUCUUAGAAGGCGUGCCAGGUCCACGGGCAAUAUUCCUUCCCUGAGUGCAAAUAAACAUUCAGAGGAUAGUUCCUCCUCCAUCUGUGACAUUCGCAUUCCGAAGACCUCCUCCACUACAAAAUACCAGUCGGACAGCGACGACACAGACAGACGAGAGUCAUUCGCUCGUUUCUGGAACCUUAAUGCGAUAAGCAACGUCGAGUCUGAUUCUGUCAACGAGUACUUCGUCCCCCGGAUAAAUACAAAACGGAAGCGCAAGUUCAAGCGAAUGGCCGUGGACUCCUCGAACCCCUCUACCUCCCAGGCGAUCACUCAAAAGAAAAGAUUAUUCAGGACUAACUGUGAAAACAGGUACAGCACGAUCUGGUGUGGAAAGCGAAAGAGAUCGUGUAGAGAGCGUUCGAUAGACUGUGAGAUGCGUUCGCCAAAGCCCACAAGAAACUCAAAAUCAAAGAGCCACCGUGGAAAGAUGCGAAGUGAGGACGCAAUGGACUGCUCAAGGAUAUCGAGCUCGAGCAUAUCAUCGAGUGAUUCAGAGGCUGGGAUCAGAGCUGAGGAGGAUCACGAAGGGGAUGACGAGCAAUCAGACUGGAUCGGUGAGACCAGCUGGUGGGACGACGAGAGCACCACCGAGGAGAAGGCCAUGGAUCCCGCACUCCAGACACUCAUUAAUUAUCGUCAGAGGUUCCAGAAGACCAGGGACAGUCUCAAUGGAAGGGAAAUUCGAGCUGGACGUCGUCAUGUGGACAACAAGCCCGGUUACUCCAUCAUAACGUCCGCUAAUGAGAAGGUCUCCAGGUUCUUGCAGGAUCCCUCUCAGAGUGAAUUGAAACUGCACCCCAUGAGGCAGCCUGAAAGGGAGAAACUCCGACGACUUGCGAAUUUGUACAGCUUAUCUUUGAAGGGCGAUCUGAGCUGCCCCAUCCUCUACAAGACUCGACACACCACACAGGCCAUUUGCGUCGAUCAGGUGUCUUUCAACAGAUUUUCAGACUACAAGAGACUCAGGAAGACGCCCCCACCAUCGCCGAACUCUGAGAUUAUUGGGAGCAAUGUUGAGGUGCCGAUUUUCACUGAAAAUUUUGCAGUUCCGGUCGUCAAUCACUCCCAGAACACUUCGGAACCUAUGAACUUUGACUGGGGGAAUCAUAGCAUGGAAGCCGAUGUCGUAACUCCCAAAUUCGAUACUGACUUUGGACAUUCCAAGUCCAGUUGAACGCAUUUGGAGAAUGUCAAUUGAAAAAUUCACGUGCAUUUGGAGCCGCCAAUCUUCGGUUUGAAAAUAGUAGGGUGAAAAUAGUAAUAAUUCUGGGUUGAAUUUUGUCGUUGGUUCCUCUCAUGAAUUUCCUACGGAAUUAUUAAAAUUUUGUGAUCUUCCUAGGAUAUUAUGAGAAAAAUUGUGGAGGGAGAGGUAGGUAUGCAAAUCACAUAUUACAAUUGGACACUUCAAGGCUUGCUAAGGUGAAUUCAAAAGUGAAGUGGUAAAAAGUAAUUUGCAAAAAAUUUUCUCUCGUCCUUUCCCACACAAUAAUUCUCUAAUCUUCCCGUAAUUUUAUAAGCAAAAAAAAAAGGCUCGAAAGUUUUCGUUUUUAGUGCUAGAAAGCAAUCUCCUGGUCCUCGUUGAAGUAAUCGAUGUCAGGAAUGAUAAUUGCUAGGCUAAUGUUAGGAUGGAUUUAAUGUAAACGUAGAUCGAUCUAAUGAAAAUUAUAUAAAAAUACAACGAA